CGCCAAAAGCGGAACUAAUGUGCGACGCAACGUUCUACACGGGUAAAUUAGAGCGGCGCACCCAACCACUAGGCUGCAGCCUGCAGCGUGUGGUGCUGCUCGGUGAAUGAGACAGCGACUACUCUUGGAGAGAGCAGAGGAGCUCCGAGUUCUCCUGGUGUUAUCAUGAAACGAUGAAGGGACAUAGCGUCCUUUUUAGCCCCAGUAAACAAAAAAGUGAGAGAAACAAAUGAAGGUGUUGAGGAGCAGGAAGAGGGAGAGCCAGAGGAGUCUGGGGAGGUUGGAGAGAGGGCAUGUGAUGAAAGGGAGGGCUCUGACACAGAGAGGGAGAUUCCAGAGGGUGAGGAGGAUGAAGAAGAGGGUGAGGAGGAAGAAAACCUACAGGGACAGAGAGAGGAACAGCCAGAGGGACAGCAAGUGGAUCCAUGUGGAUCAAGUACUGCACCAUCAGAAUCCAGAGUGAGUCCAGCAGCCCCAGUGGACAUCUGCUGGAUUUCAGGACAAGAGAGGAAUGGAGGAGGACAACCAGAACCUGGAGCAGCGGAGCAACAAGGUCCCCAGAAGACAAGCAGCACACUGGGACUCUGAUACCAGCAAUGUUCAGGAGCACUCAGCAGACGUCAAGCUGGCGACCGGAGCAGGAAAGAAGGGCAAGAAGGCCGAGGAGGAGGAGCAGCCUGCAGCACCUCCUGCAGCUGCAGCAGUGAAGGAGGAAGAGGAGGAGGAGCAACCUGCAGCACCUCCUGCAGCUGCAGCAGUGAAGGAGGAGGAGGAGGAAGAGGAGCAACCUGCAGCACCAGCAGUGAAGGAGGAGGAGGAGGAGCAACCUGCAGCACCUCCUGCAGCAGCAGUAAAGGAGGAAGAGGAGGAGUAUGUGGUGGAGAAGGUUUUGGACCGCAGAGUGGUGAAGGGAAGAGUACAGUUUCUGCUGAAAUGGAAGGGGUUCUCAGAUGAGGAUAACACAUGGGAGCCUCAAGACAACCUGGACCUCGACCUUAUCACCGAGUACAUGCAGAAACACAAGGAGAAGGAGGAGAAGAAGAAGGAGGGCAAGAGGAACGUUGUUAGUGAGGCCUCGGGAGACUCAGAGGAGCGAGGGAGCAAGAGGAAGAAGGAGGAGAAACAGAGAGGAGGAGAGGGACCCAUACGUCACCACUGUCAACACUGUGACAAAUCCUUCACAACAUCUGGAUAUUUAAAGAUUCAUCAGAGAGUUCACACUGGAGACAAUCUACACAGCUGUGAUCAAUGUGGGGCAGCUUUCACACUACAGAGUACCCUAAAAAUACAUCAACGCAUUCACACUGGAGAGAAGCCUUACAGCUGUGAUCAAUGUGGUACAACAUUUUCUCAGAGCAGUAACCUUAAAUCUCACCAGCGUGUUCACACUGGAGAGAAGCCUUACAGCUGUGAUCUAUGUGGUAAAAGCUUUGCUAGGAGUAAUAGCCUAGAAAUGCACAGACGUGUUCACACUGCAGAGAAGCCGUACUGGUGUGAACAAUGUUGGGAAACUUUUUCUGUGAGUGGUAACCUUAAAAUACAUCAACGCAUUCCCACUGGAGAGAAGCUGUACAGCUGUGAAAAAUGUGGGAAAACAUUUUCUCAGAAUGCUAACCUUAAAUCUCACCAGUAUGUUCACACUGGAGAGAAGCCGUACUGGUGUGAACAGUGUGGUAAAACUUUUUCUCUGAGUGGUUACCUUAAAAAACACCAGCGCAUUCACACUGGAGAGAAGCCGUACUGGUGUGAACAAUGUGGUAAAACUUUUUCUCUGAGUGGUGGCCUUAAAAGACACCAGCUCAUUCACUCUGCCUCGUUGUGAACAUGUUUCAGAGCCAAGCUGUGUCCUCCUGCCUCCUCCUCAUGCCCUGAUAGCUGUGUUGUUAUUUUCUGAUCUUCUCUCCACAUUGAAGGCUGACCAGCAGUAACUUAAUCUUCUGAACAGCAUGUAUGUUAUCCUGGCUACGACUACACAUUACACUCCCUCCCUUUGAAGGGAUUUAUUCCACUCAAAAUUAGUUAGUUUUCCUGUAAUAAAAUAUUCUGAGUUCAGGGUUCAACUGCUAGUGCUUUUUAACUAAUGCUGCAAUGAAGAAGUAUUUGUUGUUGUUAAUUAAUCACCUGGUAAAUACAAUUUACGAACAUCCCCAUCACUGUUUACUAAGGUGGUGUCAAAUUGUUGAAAUAUUCAGUUUAUUGUCAUUGAAUACGAAGAAAAGAAGCAAACCUUCAUAACUGACCAGUUUUAAUCAGAACAUGGCUGCUGCUGCU